AUGGCAACAAUUCCGUCACGUUUUCAUAUCGGCACAUCCUCACAGCCCUACCGGCUUGCCAGGCCUUCGCUGCCACACGUGAUAUGUAAAAAGCAAUCGGUGGACAUUUAUCAUGCUUUUGCUGAUAGCUAUGUCCGACAGCGACAAGCGUGCCCACUUUUGCCUUCCGGGUCAAGCCGUCCCAAAGUGCAGACGUCGGCCUUCCUGUUCCGCCGUGAGGCCGCGACAGCCCCCGACCCGCAGUCACCUGAGCAGACCGCCCUGCGCAACUCGGCUGGUUGGCAGAAGAGUCUGAGCUUCCUCGCCUUCUGGAUGCAGCUGGCGCUGACGGGGGUGUCCGCGGGGGUGCUGCUGUUCUCUCUGGCGGCGUCGGGAGCCCCCGCGGGUGCCAAUCCCUCCUGGGACCGCUACUUCACCGCAUGUGGGGUGGUGUGCGGCUUCAUCUCCACCUUCUUCGCACACGGGUUCCUGCGCCUGGCUCGCCGUCUGGCUGCGGGCGAGGUCGUGGAGCCCGGCUGGUUGGAGGGCAGUUUGUUGCGUUGCAACGGACUUAACGUCCUGGGUAUGGGCGUCACUGUGGUGGGGCUGCAGGCGUCUGUAGGCACGCUGGUGGCCAAGUCGCUGCUUACCUCCACACAAACGCCCUUCGCCGCAGCCAACGCAGCGAAUGCCGUCAUAUCGUUGGACGUGUUUUCGCUGCAGGUGGCCGCCACCAACACCCUGCUAAGUCACCUGGUGUCGCUGGUCUUCACCAACCUCAUGUUGCGGAUAACCAAUGCAGCCACACGCUCUGCGGCCGUGCCGGUCCCCCGGUCCGACAGGGUGGGGGCGGUGGCG